AUGGUGCAAGGCUACAUCAUCGAUUUCGUGGGCCUCCCUCGCCAGACCACCCCUCCGCACCCUAUUCAGUGCUCUGCGGAGGAUCGCCAACUCAUCGACGGCAAGAGCUCCUGACGAAAGGAGCGAACGAAUCCGCUCCCAGCGAAGGGGGCUUCUUCAGCAAUAUUUUUCUGGUGAAAAAGAAAUCUGGAGAUUUCCGACCCGUCAUAAAUCUGAGGAGGCUCAAUGCUUACGUAAUGUACAGGCAUUUCAAGAUGGAAGGCAUCCACCUUCUAAGAGACCUCCUUCAAGACAGGUACUGGUUCACGAGACUGGACCUCAAGGACGCAUACUUAUCAGUACCCGUCCACGCCUCCUACGACAAUUCCUCAGGUCUCGGUGGCACGGCCUACCAUGGCAGUUCACAUGCCUUCCAUUCGGCCUCAGCUCAGCCCCAUGGUGCUUCACCAAGCUGCUGAAGCCAGUAGUUGCACAUCUACGAACACAAGGCAUUCGAUGCAUUAUCUACAUGGACGACCUGCUUCUGUUUUGCUCAGACAAGUCCAGACUGACUCAACACACACGAUACACCAUACAAUUCCUGACGUCCCUAGGAUUUGUGGUGAACUACCAGAAGUCGGCGAUAUCUCCAGCCCAAACCAUACAAUGCUUGGGCUUUGAGAUAGACUCCAUGUCCAGCACUCUGCGACUGCCAGCUUCAAAGAUCACGGCCAUCAGAAAAGAAUUACGCAGGGUCAUUUGCUGCCACUCCAUUCCACUCCGCAGCUUGGCGCGGAUUGUAGGCCUAUUAUCCGCCUCCAUCCAGGCAAUCUUCCCAGGUCCGCUCCACUACAGGGCGAUGCAACGACUGAAGACGUCCUUUCUUCGCCAAAACCCUUCCUGCUACCAAACCAUCCCGGUAACGGAGGAGGUUCAAACAGGAACUCACAUGGUGGUUGGACAACAUGGAGGCAUGGAACGGCCGGGCCAUCUUCGGGAGCACACCCGACACAGUCCUGGAAUCGGAUGCCAGCCUCUGGGGCUGGGGCGCCACUUGCGAAGGCAGGUCGACAGGCGGCACUUGGACUUCACAGGACCUCGACCUUCACAUAAAUUGUCUGGAACUCCUGGCGGGGUCGUUUGCAAUCCGCAGCCUGGCAAGAGACAGGAAGCACUGUUGCAUCCUCCUCCGGAUAGACAACGUCUCUGCGGUCCGCUACAUCAAGCGCUUGGGAGGUGCACGAUCCCGACUCCUCUCGGAGAUAAUGAAACAGAUCUUCGACUUAUGCCUGCCACGCAAUAUCUCCCUCAUAGCGGAAUAUCUCCCGGAAGAAACGAGCCUGACUGCGGACUGGUUCUCGCGCCACUGGCGAGACAGCAGCGACAGGAGACUGGACCCACAGAUCUUCCAGCGCCUCUCGAUCAGGAGAGGUCCCUUCCACCUGGAUCUGUUUGCAUCACGCAACAACAAACAGACAACCGACUACUUCAGCUGGCUCCCGGACCCGGAGAGCAGGGCAGUGGACGCGUUCCUCCAACCAUGGCCAACCAGGGGAGCAUAUGCCUUUCCCCCGUUCGCCAUGAUAGCGAGGACGAUUCAAUGGCGGGGCCAACCCUGGUUCCCGGACCUUCUAGCAUCGUCCUCCAUGGGGCCCCUUCUCAUACCAUGCUAUCCAACGCUCCUCACGGACCCGAGAGGCAACCCACAUCCUCUCAACCUGGAGGACCGUCUCACAUAGGUGGCUUGGACUCCUUCAGGGGUGCCUGGCACACCAGCGAGUUGUCGCAGGCAGCUAGAGAUCUCAUAUGGGAUUCAUGGGCUCCAGGAACCAGACGAUGUUACCUAUCAGCUUGGAAUUCCUGGUCCACUUGGUGCAGUGAACGGAACAUCGAUCCCUUUACUGCCCCUGUAACGGCCAUGCUGAACUUUCUUUCCUUUCUUUUUUCCGCGGGUCGUUCUUACCGCUCUCUAAACAUUGUGCGCGAUUUCGAUGGCCCACGUCCCGGUCAGGGGGAUCCCCAUAGGGAAAGACCCCCUGGUCUGCAGACUUCUGGGGCAUUCAACUACAAAGGCCCCCUAAACCCAAAUACUCCCGCUUAUGGGACGUUGACGUUGUCCUACGAUUCCUGAGGGACUGGCCGGACAAUGGCUCUCAGCUUAUAUGAUUCUCCUGCUCUGCCUAGUCUCGUUCCGCCGGGUAUCGGACUUCCGAGCAUUCGACAUCGACGCCUUUUCAGUCUCCCCAGAGGGCGUUACCUUUCGAGUCUCGAGUCGGACGAAAUCGGACUCUACGUCGGUCUUCUACCCGUUCUUCCCUUCUGAUCCACAGCUCUGCGUGGUUUCUACCCUACGUCGGUAUGUGGAAGUCACGUCUCCGCUCCGGGUCUCCUCUUCGGGACAGAUUUUGGUGUCUUACAUUAGACCACACAUACCAGUCUCGGUUACUACCCUAGCCAGGUGGAUAAGAUGGAUUCUAUCACUGGCUGGAGUGGAAGAGGUCUUCGGAACCUUCGGAGUCUUCGGCUUUCUCGGCAGGAGCUUCGCUGACUGACAUCCUACAUUCCGCGGACUGGUCGCGAGAAUCUACCUUUCGGACGUUUUACCUCCGCCCGAGCUCGGGAGCAGCCUCAUCUCUCCUGCAUCAGCGUUAAAAAUGCAAAAUAGGAAGCCUCCUGUCAUGUGGUAAAAUUGAAGAUUAUGCUAGCGUUAGUGUACUUAUAAUCUUAAUUUUAGUAAUGACAGGAGGCGAGUAUUUUCCCGCCCGUCCCUCCCUUGCGAGGUAAGACUCAAGUAAGUAUAUUUGCCUCCGCUAUCUCCUCUGUCUCUACCUUGAUUCAGAUUUUGUUUAUAUUUUCUCGCUCUGGAGAUUUAUAGUCAGUAGACUUGGGUUGUUUUACUUACGCUGAAUCUGCUAUCUAUCGUUGUAGUCGAUAAUGUGAUAUUCCUGUAACUAAUCGUGGCUUAUUAACAUUACUUUAGCCAGUUUACAGACCGGUACCUAACCCAUUUCACAUUCUCUUUCAGUGUAAAUCCGUGGCUUUACAGCUCAUUCUCAGGAUGGACACCUUUGCAACUUCUCCCAUUCCAUUUUCGUUUCUUGGGAAGUCGCCCGUUGGCGCAUGUUACUGGACUUUGGACUCUAUGGAACUCUAUUCAUGAUGUCGCUUUCGAAAGAGGGGGAGGAGCCUCAUCACUGUGAAUACCAUGCUUCCUAUUGCAUUUUGAUUGGUUAAUGUUUCACUUUUCUUUACUGCUGCGUGAGUUAGUAAAGAGAGUUUAAUGCAAAAUACUCGCCUCCUGUCAUUACUAAAAUUAAGAUUAUAAGUACACUAACGCUAGCAUAAUCUUCAAUUCUCACAUUAGUAAAUUGCUCUAACAUUAAUAGCACAUAUGAGAAACACAAAAUGCAAAUAGUAAUGUAAAUAAAACCUCUGUCUAUGUAGGUGCCACCUAUUAGGAUAUUUAUUAUUAUUAUUGCCAUUUAUAUAGCGCCAACAGAUUCCGUAGCGCUUUAUAAUAUUAUAAGAGGGGGGGAUUUAACUAUAAAUAGGACAAUUACAAGAAAACUUACAGGAACGAUAGGUUGAAGAGGAGCCUGCUCAAACAAGCUUACAGUCUAUAGGAGGUGAGCUAUAAAACACAUUUCUAUGUAACUUCUCAAUUUCAGAAAAUGAAAAAGAACCAGAUGUCGUCAUGUUAUACGGCGUUAUAGGAUUGGAAACUUGUGUCAUUAUUAUCCUGCUGGCAGCGCUAACUAAAAUCCUUUCCCGGGGUAAGUCUGCUAUAACAUCUAGCCUUUAUAAAUAUUCCCGUGUCUGGGCUCUAGAGAUUUAGGGGUUAGGAAUUAAAGAUAAUUGAUGGUGAAACUGAAAAGAAAAAAAAAAUGUACCUAGGCUUUAUCCCCAGCACAGACAGAGUCUCAGCAGUCUCUGAGCAGCCUCUGUUAUGGAGAUGCAAGCGCACACGCAGUCACGACUUUCCAGUGCUUCUCAGUGAGCUGUAGUACAUUCUGUUAGCUAAUAAACAGUUACAAAUGACAGACUCUCACUCUAGACACAUAAAGCAUAUCAGCUUGCUGAAAGCAAUUUAUUUGUCUGGAGUAUUCCUUCACUACUAAGCUGUUUGCAAAGAAAACACCCCCAGAAUCCGAGUAAUUUGGUGUUUCACAAAACUGGAAACAUUAUCUAAGUCAGAGAUUUGACCCGUUCAGCUAGUUUGUCCUUAAAUUUGGAAUUCACUUUGAAUUCUCACUUUAGUGAAUAACCCUGAUAGAUUUGCCCUUCAGACUACAUUUGAGAGCUACUCUGAUUUAAAAAAAAAAAAAAUCAACUUCCUUUUAAAGGAACACUACAGGGUCAAGAACACAAACAUGUACUCCUGACCCUAUAGUGUUUAGUCCACCGUUUAGGUGGCUUGCCACCUAUAAAAGUUUAAAACUCACCUUUUUCCCAGCGCCGCGCGGAUCUGCAGAUGCUGGCUCCUCCCACUUUGUGACAUCAUCAUAGGGAAAUCAUUGGAUUGGUUAAAAUUGGCACGGGGUGGGGCCAAAUGCCAUUUUGGCCAAUCAGGACCUCCUCAUAGAGAUGCAUUGAAUCACUGCAUCUCUAUGAGGACAAUUCAGUGUCUCCAUUCAGAGCGUGACCCAGGAAGCACCUCUAGUGGCCAUCUAAGGAGUGGCCACUUGGAGGUGUCCCUAGAGGCAAUGUAAACACUGCCUUUUCUCUGAAAAGGCAGUGUUUACAUGACAAAAGCCUGAAGGGAACUAUUAUACUCACCAGAACAACUACAUUAAGCUGUAGUUGUUAUGGUGACUAUAGUGUCCCUUUAAGUGUCUCUGUAGUCAUUAACUUUAACUUAAUGAAGCAGUUUUGGUCUAUAGAUCAUGCCUCUGAUGUUUCACUGCUCAAUUAUCUGCCAUUUAUUAGUUAAAAUCACUUUUGUUUCAGUUUAUGCAGCCGUAGCCACACCUUCAUCGGCUGUGACUGAUAUAACCUACAUGGAAAAAAAUGGUUUAAUUUUCAAUCAGAUGUAACUUACCUUAAACAUUUUUAUAUCCUGCUCUUUAAAUUGAACUUAAAUUGCACACAGAGGCUCCUGCAGGGUCUAGCAAGCUAUUAACAGAGCAGGAGAUGGGAAUUUCUAAAUUAAACAGACUGUGCUAUAAAGGAAGUGUAAACAUUAGAUGACUCUUUACAGGAAGUGUUAGGAAGGCUGUGUAAGUCACAUGCCAGGAGGUGUCACUAGAGCUGCAUAAACAAAUUGAUUUAACUCCUAAAUGGCAGAGAGCUGAGCAGUGAGACUGCAGAGGUAUGAUCUAUACACCAAAAAUGCUGGAUUAAGCCAAAGUGACUAUAGUGUCCCUUUAACUCUUCUUUUUGCUUAAUUGAUUUUCGUCCUGCAGUAUAUGAUUUAUCCAUAUCGCAGGGCAGAGUUUUUUAAAGUGAUGAAAUCGGCCUGAGAAAUAAGUGUUUCUAUGAAAUCUGCCAACCCUAUAGGUAGAACAGCUGCUAGCUCCAAAUUAGACCUGUUAUUUACAGACUGAGUAUGAGAUGAGGGGUGAGAUAGACAAAGAGGGAGAACAUUGUCUGAUGAGAUAUUGUCUAAACAUGGUCAGUUAUGGGGAGAUGGGGUGAGCGGUCAUUCAAGGAAUGCAGUUUAUUUUUUAAUGCAUUCACGGUGGCUCUUUUGUAGUGUCUAACACUAUUUACAGCAAAAAUAAUCAAUGCAGGAGGUUAAGUUUCUAAGGAUCUUCAAAGGAAAUAAUUCUACGUUGAUUCCAUUUCCAACCAUUGGGGUAGUAAUGGAUAAAACGCGUUAGGCCUAAUCAUCCCCCAGCUCUGGUCUUUUGUAAAAUUGCCAAUUGGAUUCUACUCGGUUUAUUAUUCCAAAUAAGUUUUAAAAGUAUCGAAUGUAUUAAUGUGAAAUAUGAUAUGGGGAUUUUGAGAGAGAUGGCUCUAAUUAAAUAUAGUAUUUUUGGGAGGAAAUUCAUCUUAAUCGAGUUAAUUUUACCUAACCAAGAGAUUUCGAGAUCCCACCAAUUUUCUAUGUGUUCUUUAAUUUUUGGCCAACUUUUUCUCAAAUUGCAAUCAUGCAUCCUUGAUAGGUUCUCACAUAAGUUUAUGCCCAAGUAUGAAAUAUAAGAAUCUCUCCAAUUGCAGUCUUGGGAAGAAAAAAGAAAGAGCUUGUGAUUUGUUAGUGUUUCAUUUAUAAAGGGAGAUAUUGCCGAAUUCUUCUAGGAUAGACAUUAGCAGUGUGAGGACAAUGGGUUUUUCAAUGAUAUACCCGAUUUUGACUCUGCAUAUUGGUCCUCUCAUUCGAUUAAACAUAUUGAUAAUCUUAUAAAAAAUAACAAAUUCAUACCCUUUAACCCAUUAAAAGAAAGUAAUAAUUUAGAUAAUUUAUAUGCCCCAAUUCACAAAAAAUUGAUUGAUUGGAUCAGUUUAAAAUUUGAUGUUUCCAACCUGAAUCUGAAUAUAAGAUCAAUAUUAUUCUCACCCAGAGAAAACAUUUAUAUAUCAGAUCCGGGAAGGAAACAUACCAUAUCUAUUUUUUACUCAACUUUUGAAAACAACAACAAUGAGAACUCAGACUUCAUGCUACAUUGGGAGUGGGAUGUAGGCCUGGCCUUUAAACGGAAUGAUUGGAAUGGCUUUAUUUUAUCAUUAAAAGGUACUACACAGUGCGUCUCUCAUUAUGAAUCCCAUUAUAAAUUAUUAUUCAGAUGGUACCUAACCCCCUAGAAAUUACACAAAUUCAAAUUAUUAAAUUCAGACAAAUGUUGGAGGCAUUGUGGACAAGAGGGGUCCAUAGGCCAUAUUUGGACGUGCCCUUUAAUAAAACAAUAUUGGAAUUUGAUUCAAAAAAAUAAUUAACACAAUUACAGAUUAAGUUAUAAUCCUAACCCUUGAAAUUUGUUUGUUUAAAAAAAACCCUCCCCCAAAUUUACCCAAAAACAGAUAAAUUAUAUUAAAAUAAUUAUUUAUUAAUUGCAGCCAACUCUUUAAUACCCAAAUAUUGGAAAUCUACAAAUAUCCCAUCCAUUAAAGAAGUCUUAAAUUUAGCAAUAGAAAAAAAAAUGUGAAUUGUUUUUUAGACCAAAAACUAUAAAAAACAUUAAUUUUGCAUCAUGAGUGGGCAAUGUGGGAAGAGGACAUAGUAAAAAAGUACUAUGACCCCCAGUUGACCAACAUGAGUUUUUUGUAAUUUAUUUAUUGUUAUUUUUAUUAUAGUGCAUUUUUAUCUAUUUCUAUUAUCUUCUGUACAUAUACUUAUGAUAUCAUAAUAGUUUUUUAUUUUAUGUAAAAACAUAUGUGUGUUUCUCUUUAAGUAUUAUGGAUGUAUAUAUUAUUAUUGUUAUUUCCCCCAUAUUAUAAUCUAUAUUCAAUUUUUAAAAAUCAUUUCUGUAACUUAUGUCUUUUAAAACACAAUAAAAAUUAUUUGAAAGGAAAUUAUUCUAUGUGUGUAAAAAAAAAAAAAGCUAGUUGCCUAGUGCCCCGUUUCCACUGAGCGGUACGGUUGAGGUCGGUAUGGUCUGGUACACUAUUUUCAGUGUUUCCAUUAUGAAAGUGGCCCAUACAACCAAACCAAACCGCGCCAUUCCUGGGCCCCCUUCAGAUAUAGGUCCAUAGGAAAUGGUAUGGUACGGUUAGGACGGAGCUACUGGCGUCACGCUAUACAAUCCAUUGAUUGGCGAACAGGAAAACGUCAAUGCUCACGACAAAUGAUACGCUAGGCUUUGGGUCUAAAUCCCGCAUGCCCACUGGUGGUCCGACUUGCAGUCACCUGAAUAGGCUUGACCAUUCUAAUCCUUCCGAACCGUACCGACCCGAACCAUACCGCUCAGUGGAAACGAGGCAUAAUAUAACUAAAGUGAAAUGUGUCAUAGUGAGAGUUAUAGUCCAACAACCAAUAGACUAUGCAAGCUCCUGUCUGGUUAAUGGCAGCUCAAUUAACUGUACGGUUUCUUUUAUAGGUCCGUCUGACUCUAAGAACAAGGUGGGUAGACUUGUUAUUUCAGUAUCAUCUUUAUAAGAAAGACCAUCUCAUUAGAAGGGUUUGUAUAACUAAAAUGAAGAGGUCCAACAAAUAUUGGCUGUGAAAUCCAGUGAGUGAGACUGCUUUCUAAUGAGUGAGACUGCUUUCUAAUGAGUGACACUGCUUUCUAAUGAUGAUUUUAAAAAAGCACAAUGUGAUGUUAUAAUGAUGUAUAUUUGUGUAAUGAUACAUACUUUAAUAACCUACCAAUAUACAGUGCCAAGAUAGAAAUGGUGUUACAAUUUAGCAACAUAAAAUAUAAAAACCAAGAACAAAUCAUAGUGUAAUCAAUUUAAAAUAGGCUAAGACAACAUUUAAAUGCUCACUUUCAAUUGGAAAAGUGAAUAAGUAUAUAAAAGCACAAUAUAUUCCCAGUUCUAAGGCAGUGACAUUACUGUUGCUUUAACCAGACAAUAUUGAUACAAACAUUUUAAUUCUCUCUCAAUUCUCUCUCAAUGUACAAGUUGAGUUUGCUUCCAAUAUAUUUUGACUGUGUCCAAACUAUUUUGUGCAAGUCUGAUAAAUGUCAAAUUUGAUUUCAGUCAGCACGCCAUCUCGAUUAUAAAGUUCAGCUGAUCAAAAUAUGGAUGAUAUUAAAUUGUGGAAAAAAAAUAUAGAAAAAAAUGUACGCCAAAGCUAGUUGAUACAUUUUUAUUUAUUUUUUUGCCAAAAAGUUAAUAAAAUAUUUCUAGGCUUGUGGGGUAGGGAGCAUAUUUACAUAGCUCAACCAAUUCCUGUUCCCCUAUUGGCAUCACAUAAUCUCUAUAGUUUUUUUUAAAGAUUUUUUUUAUCAUGAGUCACUGGAGGUUUAAAAAUUGUGAUGCAAUUCCAAGAUGGCUGCCUCCAUACUGAAAGUAAUUUCAGCUAAGUUUAGUUUGCUUACAUGAACAUAAUAUAAGUCUAUCUGCAUUAUAUUUUAAGCCAAUUUAUAGAAAGAGAAUACAAAGUAAUAAUUUUGCUCUAAGAGUCAAGGCAGCAAAAUAUCACCCAGAAGACAAUUGGGCAUUUCAACAGUUUAUUUGAAAACAUUGACCAUAACGUAACCUUUUUUUUUUCAUAAUUUUUUCCAUAAAAUGUUGUGCUGCCCUUUUGCCUUCAAAGUGGUUUAUUCACUAAAUAAAUAAUGGUGGUAAAUUCAUGAUGGGAUUUAAAAAAAAAAAAAAAAAAGUCUUAAAGGAACACUAUAGUCACCUAAAUUACUUUAGCUAAGUAAAGCAGUUUUAGUGUAUAGAUCAUUCCCCUGCAAUUUCACUGCUCAAUUCACUGUCAUUUAGGAGUUAACCCCUUAAGGACCGAGGACGGUUCAGGACCGUCAUCGGCAUUUUUGCCUUGCCGACCGAUGACGGUCCUGAACCGUCCAAACGGUCUGGGGCUACUUACCUGAUCGCCGUCGUUCCCCCGGCGGCGAUCAGUGUUCCUCCGGUUGUGGGGAGACUGCCUGCAGCCCAGACAGUCUCCCCACGGCAGAUUAGGACCCCUGUGGCCAUGUGAUCGCUUAACACAGCGAUCACAUGGUCACAAUAGGUGUCCAUAGUGCUGCCUGCAGGGGGACUGUCUGUGCUGACAGGCAGUCUCCCUGCUAGUGUAAAAUCAAAAAAUAAAAUUAAAGUUAAUGGUAAUAAAAAAAAUAAUAAUAAUUAUAUAUGUAUAAAUAUGAUAUAUAGACAUAUAUUAUAUCUAUAUAAUAUAUGUCUAUAUAUCAUAUAUAUAAUGUCAUACUAAGUGUAUUUUUAUAUUAAUAUGUACUUAUAUUAAUAUAAAAUACACUUAUAAUUAAAUUACACACGUAUAUAUAUAAUAUAUAUAAUAACUAUAUAUAUUGUAUAUAUAUAUUAUUAUAAAAUAUAAAUAAUAAGUAAUUUAAAUUAAAUAAUUUUUUUUUAAAAAUAAUAAUAAAAAUUUAAAAAAUUAUAUAGCUAUAUGAAAUUUUUAUUCUAACUGUAUUUUAAAAUAUACAUAUAUAUUUAUAUCAAAAUAUACUUAGAAUGAAUUUGUAUAUAUAUAUAUAUAUCUAUGUAUAUAAAAAUAAAUAAAAAUAAGAAAUAUACAUACGUCCAUAUACAAAAUUACAUAAAUUAUAUAAAUAUACACGUAGACUUCAAAUAUAUAAAUAUGCAUAUAUAUUUAAAUUCUAAGUGCGUAUUUAUGUAAUAUUUUUACAUAAUUCAGUAAUUUUAUUGAUUGCAAUUUGAGGGACCUGCCUGCCAACCCAGGCCGAAAUUCCAGAGAAUUUAAUUUGCUAGCACUGUAUUUUACCCUGUAGCGUUCUACGACACCCUAAAACCUGUACAUGGGGGGUACUGUUUUACUCGGGAGACUUCGCUGAACACAAAUAUUAGUGAUUCACAACAGUAAAACAUAUCACAGCGAUGAUAUUGUCAGUGAAAGUUACUUUUUUUGCAUUUUUCACACACAAACAGCACUUUUACUGAUGGUAUAAUUGUUGUGAUACGUUUUCCAGUUUUUAAACACUAAUAUUUGUGUUCAGCGAUGUCUCCCGAGUAAAACAGUACCCCCCAUGUACAGGUUUUAUAGCAUUUUUGAAAGUUACAAGGUCAAAUAUAUGGGUCAAAUAUAUUUACAUUGAAAAUGGCCAGGUUUGGUUACGUUGCCUUUGAGAGCGUAUGGUAGCCCAGGAAUGAGAAUUACCCCCAUGAUGGCAUACCAUUUGCAAAAGAAGACAACCCAAGGUAUUGCAAAUGGGGUAUGUCCAGUCUUUUUUAGUAACCACUUAGUCACAAACACUGGCCAAAAUUAGCGUUCAAUUUAGUUUUUUACUUUUUUCACACACAAACAAAUAUGAAUGCUUACUUUGGCCAGUGUUUUCGACUAAGUGGCUACUAAAAAAGACUGGACAUACCCCAUAUUGAAUACCCUGGGUUGUCUACUUUAAAAAAUAUGUACAUGUGGGGUGUUAUUCAGAGAUUUAUGACAGAUAAUAGUGUUACAAUGUCACUAUUGAUAAAUUUUAAAAAUGUAUGUUUUGAAACCGCAAUAUCCUACUUGUACCUAUAGCCCUAUAACAUGCAAAAAAAAGCAAAAAAGCACGUAAACACUAGGUAUUUUUAAACUCAGGACAAAAUUUUGAAUCUAUUUAGCAGUUUUUUUCAUUCGCUUUUGUAGAUGAGUAAAAGAUUUUUCAAGUAAAAGUCAAAAAACAUGUAUUUUUUUCAAUUUUUCAUUUUUUUAAAAUUAAAAUACAUGAGAUUAUAUAAAUAAUGGUAUGUAAAGAAAGCCCCUUUUGUCCUGAAAAAAACAAUAUAUAAUUUGUAUGGGAACAGUAAAUGAGAAAGCGGAAAAUUACAGCCAAACACAAACACCACAAAAGUGUAAAAAUAUGCCUGGUCGCAAAUGUACAACAUCGCAAAAACAGUCCAGUCCUUAAGUUAAAUCACUUUGUUUCUGUUUAUGCAGCCCAGCCACCUCCCCUGGCUAUGAUUGACAGAGCCUGCAUGAAAAAAAUGGUUUCACUUUCAAACAGAUGUAAUUUACCUUAAAUAAUUGUAUCUCAAUCUCUAAAUUGAACUUUAAUCACAUACAGGAGGCUCUUGCAGGGUCUAGCAAGCUAUUAACAUAGCAAGGGAUAAGAAAAUCUUAAUUAAACAGAACUUGCAAUAAAGAAAGCCUAAAUAGGGCUCUCUUUACAGGAAGUAAAGUCACAUGCAGGGAGGUGUGACUAGGGUUUAUAAACAAAGGGAUUUAACUCUUAAAUGGCAGUUAAUUGAGCAGUGAGGCUGCAGGGGCUAUACACCAAAACUGUUUCAUUAAGCUAAAGUUGUUCAGGUGACUAUAGUGUCCCUUUAAAUAGCCAAGCUGUAAUUUAUAGCUGAGUUGGGGAUUUUCUUUUUCCAAAUAAUCAAUUUUAGCCUAAAUUUAGCAAUUCUGUUUUCAAUUCAGUUUUGCCCAAGAGGCAAGCUUUAAGUUGCAGAUUUUCCCCUUGGCUGGGCCGUUGAAAUUGUUUCUACAUUUUACAAUAAAGAAUGUUGCACUUAGACAUAAUUCAUCAAAUGUUGCAGCAAUGUGUUCCUUCUCUGACUGAUUACUCUCUUACAGGAAAUGGAGGAGCAGAGCAUUGGGCAAGAUUUUAACUAUGCCGAGAUCUGUCUGCAAAGUAUUUCUCCACUUGCCAGAAACAGCGAGGAGAACAUAAUGUAUGCACCUGUCAAGGCUGGGAGAUGAAAUUAACCAACAGUGAUGGCACCCUAUCAGUGGAGAAAUAUAGCCUUGAUGUAAUGGGGAUAAAGGGCCUGAAGAAUGGAGGAGCUUAUAACAAUGAAAACAAGAAUUCUUGGCUAGCUAACAAUACUGCAUUAUGGGUUUACAUUAUCUUUGUUAUAAAGGUUAGUUGUAAGAAAAAUAACUUUUUGUAUAUUAAUAUAUUCUACUUUGCAGAGUUGAAAUUGCUAUUGGUCUUCAGUGUAUUCAAUAUUGUGUUUAAUUGCUCCCCUCUAGUGUCAGUCGUUGUAAUCUCUGAGUAUUGUACAGACGGCAGUCAGUCCAAAUAUUGUACAGACGACCACCAGUCUGAGCAUUAUAGAGACAGCAAUCAGUCCAAGUAUUGUGCAAUUGGCGGACAGUUUGAGCAUUGUACAGAGGGUGGCCAGUCCAAGUAUUGUACAGAGUUACCCCAGCAACACUCUGAUACAUUUCCCAGCGCCUCCACUACAAGUCCUAACCCCCACUACUGCCCCUAUUCCACCCCACUACAAGUUCUAACCCUCCACUACUGCCCCUGUCCCACCCCACUACAAGUCCUAACCCCCACUACUGCCCCUAUCCCACACCACUAAAAGUCCUAACCUCCACUGCUGCCCCUAUUCCACCCCACUACAAGUCCUAACCUCCACUACUGUCCAUAUCCCUCCCCACUACAAGUCUUAACCUCCACUACUGUCCAUAUCCUUCCCCACUACAAGUCCUAACCCCCACUACUGCCUCUAUCCCACCCCACUACAAGUCCUAACCUCCACUACUGCCUCUAUCCCACCCCACUACAAGUCCUAACCCCCACUACUGCCCCUAUCCCACCCCACUACAAGUCCCAACCCCCACUACUGCCCUUAUCCCACCCCACUACAAGUCCUAACCCCCACUACUGCCUCUACCCCACCCCCAGCAGCCUGAAACUCCGGAUAAAGGUUCCAACACUUUUGUGCUCCUUGUGAAUGAUUUUUUAUUGAUUGAUUUUAUUAUACAUAUUUUAUAAAAUAAAAUGUUCUUUUUUAUGAUCGAUAUGCCUCUGUACUUUAUACUAUAAAGACCAACGGCGGAUGUUGGACGGAAAGCAUUGUCGGUUAUAAAUUGGACCUAUAUGUAGAAAGGUUAACUACACAUUUCUGCAUUUUUAUUUUACUUUUACAGUGAAUAUUAUUUUUUUUACAUAGUGGAUUAUAUUAUUAUCCAUAUGUACCAUACUAUUUAUAGAUAUUUGUAGUGUGUUACUAGAGUAUUAUCUGCUCACAUCGGCUAGAUUUUCCUGCUGCUUCAAUAGAAGGGAUUUCAGCCGUAUACAGAUAGGAGCAUACAGUUUAUAAAACUCUUUGGGACUGCUCCGUUUGAUUCUGGUUUUUAUAUAUACCAAGGACUGAUGUUAACUUCUCAUUUGCUGGUAUAUAUCUAAUUGAACUCUCCUUGAAUACCCGUUAUUUUGGAAUAUUGAAGUUGAUAUUGUUAUUAUUGUAACUGUUAUUCAGGUACUGUGAUACAUUGUUUAGCAGACUUACCAUUCCCGCAAACUUUUUUAUUUAAGCAUUGGGGUUUUAUUAUACUCACUCUAAUAUUGCAAGUAUUAGUAACUAUCUCCUAGUUACAGCAAUUCGAUUUUUUCUUUUUGCUACUUUUAUUUCCUGUUAUUCAUUUCAGCCUAAGGUGUGGGUUGUUUUACUGGGAUUUGAAGAGUUACACACUUAUUCUUAGACCAUCAUUCAUACCUUCCUACCUAUCCGAUAGGAAUUAUUUCCUUUUUGAUGUUUUUUAUUUUAUGGUAUAACCAUUAAAACUCGGGAGUUCCACAAUGAAGUCUAUAGACAAAUGAGACCAUGGGACACUGGGUACAGGAAAUGGUUGUAGUAACCCACAUGGAAGUUUAUGGGGAUCCUUGGAAACUGCGCAAACUGUACAAGCGUCCACAUAGUCUUUGAAGGCCACCAGAACGAUCUCGAGACAGCGGAUGUAGUUUUAUUAAUACCCGCAUGUCCAGCAGUCACAUUGUUGUGGAAUACCUUUAGUACCUCCUUUCUUUCUAACAAAGGAAUAAACAAUCUAUCUUGAGGUUUAUCACAAGGUGCCUGGGACGGGGCUGCCAUAAUAGUACAAAGAAGAGGGGAUGACAAGGAAAGGACAGUGGAUGCAAUGAUACACUCAGGUGGAACAAUAGAGAAUGUCUCCUGUUCUUGUUCUGAUUCAAUGUCAAAUUGCCUAGAUAAGGAGUCAGCUUUAACGUUCUUGGGACCUGGUCUGUAAGUGGUGAUAAAGUUGAAGCGAGAUAAGAACAAAGACCAACUAGCUUGUCUAGAAGACAGUCAUUUAGCAUCACCAAUAUAUGCCAAGUUUUUGUGAUCAGUAAUGAUCAAAAGGGGGUCCUUAGAACCCUCCAAAAGAUGUCGCCAUUCCUUUAGCGCUAGUAUAAUGGCCAACAAUUCUCUGUUACCGAUAUCAUAGUUACGCUCUGCUGGAGAUAACUUUCUAGAGAUGUAACCGCAGGGAUGCAAAGGGGUUUCCUGACUCUCCCUUUGAGAAAGAACAGCCCUUACCCCUGUUUUGAAGGCAUCAACCUCCAGUAUGAAGGAUUUGCUAGUGUCAGGAUGUACCAAUAUGUCAGCAGAGGCAAACAAUUCCUUAAGAAGUUCAAAAGCCUCCCUUGCUUCUUUAGACCAUAUAAUACAAUUAGCCCCUUUGCGUGUCAUAUUGGUGAUGGGGGCUAUCAUAGAAGAGAAUCCUUUGAUGAAUCUCCUAUAGUAGUUAGCAAACACAAUAAACUUUUGAAUGACUUUUAACCCAUUAGGUAAUGGCCAGUGCAGAAUGGCUUCUAGUUUAUGAAGGUCCAUUUGGAAACAUUAUAUCCCAAAAACCGAACCUCUGUUUGGUCAAAUAUUUACUUUUCAAGUUUACAAUAAAGUUCAUUUUCAAGCAAAGUUUGCAACACUCAUUUGGCAGGUUUAUGAUGAGUCUGGAGGUCAUGGGAAUAAAUAAGGAUAUCAUCUAAAUACACUGAUACAAAGGUAUAAAUGUAGUCUCUGAGAACAUCAUUGAUACAAUCUUGAAAUACCGAAGGGCAUGACAAGGCACUCAUAGUUACCACUUCUAGUGUUAAAUGCAGUUUUACAUUCAUGACCCUCCUUAAUCCUUACCAAAUUGUAAGCACUCCUAAGUUCGAGUUUGGUAAACACCUUAGUGCCUUGGAGUCUGUCAAACAAUUCCAAGAUAAGGGGAAUGGGAUAGGCAUUUUUUAUGGUGAUCUUGUUUAAUGCCCUAUAAUCAAUGCAUGGGCGUAAUUCUCCAUCUUUCUUAGAUACAAAAAAGAACCCCGCACCAGCAGACGAAGAAGACUUAUGUAUGUGGCCUUUAAGUAAAUAAUCUAAUAUAAUCCUCCAUGAUCCUACUCUCCUGUGGGAAUAUACUGCCCCCCCACCACCCCCCCAGUACUGCAUAGGAAUUUCGGAAGUCUGAGGUGUAGAAGUAGGCAAAGUAGUCUUUACCCCAUUCCAGUAUUUCCGCCUUAGCCCAGUCUAUAUGAGGGUUAUGCUUAACAAGCUGUGGAAAUACUAAUAUGAUGGGACAAGAAGGGGAAGCAAUUAUCUGAAAUGUGAUGGUCUCGUUGUGUAAAGCUUCUAUAGUAAUACUAAUAGGCAUGGUUUUGUGGGUAAUAAACGGCUGAGAGACAGAGGUCUCCCAUCAAUAGCUUCCAUGGCCAGAGGUGUUGAUCUCUCCUUGAUAAGUAUGGAGUGUCUGUUGACAAAUUGCAUGUGAGAAAUCUACUUUGGGUAGUACCAAGGGACAUAUCCAUCAGACCCAAGACCUGUCCUCUUAAGGUUCUUAGGUGCAGAAGUUUUCCAGACGUAUGGGACAAGCACCUCUCAUACGUCCCUUCUUGCCACAGUAUAAACAAAGGCUCUCCUUUCUCCUAAACUGUUUCUCUGCCUCUGACAGUCUUGCAACCCUCAACUGAAUAGGUUCCGGCUCAGACUGUACAGGAAGGCCAGACACAAAAGGCCUGGAGAAGUGAGGCGCCAGUGACAUAUUCAGGUGUGUGGUUCUAUCUCUAGUAUUCUCCCUGGUUCUGAUACAGUUGUCGAUAUGCAUCACAUACGUGAUGUAGUCAUUUAACCUCCCUGGUAGUUCUUUGGCAGCAAUCUCGUCAAGGAUAGCUUCAGAUAAUCCCUCUGCAAAGGCAGUGAUUAAUCCGCUAUUAGUCCAGUCUACCUCAAAAGCCAGAGUGCAAAUCCAAUAGCAUAAUCUGAGACAGACCGGUUCCCUUGGUUGAUACGCAGUAGGGCAGUAGCAGCGUUGGUCUCCCUACCCAAAGGUUCAAACGUUGGUUUAAAUUAUAUAAGUAAUUCCAAGUAAUAAUGGACAAUAGACAUAAUGGAUUGGCCCACGCUAAGACUUUACCUUGCAGGUGGUUCAUUAGGUAUCCAAUUUUGGCUCUAUCCAUGGGAAAAGACCCAUGAGAAGUUUCAAAAUAAUACUCAAUCUGAUUCAAAGUACCCUGACAUUCAUGAAUAUUGCCUUCAAAAUUUGUGGGUGAAGAUAGGGUGAUAUAAGGUGCCCUAUAUUCAAUGUGAGUAGGUACAGUAGGUGGGGGUGUACCUGCCAACGGAAACUCCGGCUGUAAAUUAGCCAUAUGAAUUAGUAGUGUAUUGAAAGCUUGGGCAAACUGAUCCAUACUUGGAUCAUUCUCCUCUAGCUUUCUCUCACAAGCUACUAUGUGCUGACACAAAUCUGCAGGAUCUAUGGCCAUGUCGUAAUGUCAGGAUUACAAUUGAUCCAACACACAGUAUUAUCACACUUGGGAAUAAGGAUAACAUCUAACUGGACCUUAGAAUGGCCGGACUUAACGUACCAGAGAAUAGUCGAAAUGCUAGCCGAGAUCAGGAACACAGAACGAAACACAGUUGCAAUGAAUAGCCUAUAGUCAGAGAUACCAGAUUUCAGGGAAGUCAGAAUGAAGCCAAAGUCAAUAACCAAAGAAACAUGAUCAGGAACACACUCUCGGAUUACCAGCAAAGGGAAACCACAACAGGGCAAUGAUUAGAAGAAAUUAGUGAGUUUAAAUAUCCCUCUUGUGAAUCUGAUUGGCCGUAUCCAGCCUUUGACCCCAAAAUGUGCGCGCGUCCUCUGCGUGACGUCAUCCGCACGUCGACUAAAUGGGCAGACUAAAUGGGCAGCAGGGGCAUAGCCGGAACCCACUGCCUAGAUGCUGCUACUCACUACGUCCAUGCUUCCCCAAGAAUUAGACACCAGGCAAUGAACUGCCUCCACUCCCUCCCACCAGUGCCCAUCAUGAAAAGAUGUAACUGUGUGAGUGACUGUCUGCCCAUGACUGUGUGUGUCACUGCUUGCCUGUAACUGUGUGUGUCUGACUGCCUGUAAUUGUGUGUGUGUUUGUUUGUAUAUGUAUGUGAGUGACUGUCUGCCAGUGACUGUGUGCGAGUAACUGUCUUCCUGUAACUGUGUUUUUGUUUAUUUGUAAGUGACUUUCUGCCUGUAACUGUUACUGAUUGUCUGCCUGUAACUGUGUGAGUGAUUGUCUGAAACUGUGUGUGUGUGUCUGUAACUGUGUGUGUGUGUAUGUGAGUGACUGUCUGCCAGUGACUGUGUGUGAGUAACUGUUUUCCUGUAACUCUGUGUUUGUUUUAUUUGUGAGUGCCUGUAACUUUAACUGUGUGUGACUGUUGGUCUGUAACCAUGUGUGUGUAACUAUCUGCCUGCGACUGUCUGACUGUGUGUGUAACUAUGUGUGUGUGACUAUCGACUUGUGACUGUCUGUCUGUGACUGUUUUUGUGACUGUCUGUGCCUGACUGCCUGUAUCUGUGACUGUCUGCUUGAAACUGUGCGUGGCUGCCUGUAACUGUGUGUGUGUAAAAAUGAGCGUCUGACUGUGUGUGUGACUGUCUGCCUGUAACUGUGUGUGUGACUGUCUGCAACUUUGUGUGUGUGAUUGUCUGCCUGUGUUGAAAUCUGUUCCUAAUUUGAAUAUCUCCAGGUUAAGUGCAAGGACUUUUUUAAGAGUUAUUUGUGACUAAGGCGAUGCAUUUGUAAUUAGUCGAUAUGCAAAUGAGGGUCUUAUUGGUACACCAAUCAGAGCAACCAAACACGACUGGAUGUGCCCUUAAGUACCCUUCUCCAAAAUGGAGAAAGAAGCAUCACGUCCUGAGGAAGCCAGAAACAAUCGUCAAAAAGCAUAGACGUCACACGCACGACCGGCUUCAGAGCUCGCAUUGUCAACAGAAACUGUCUGAAACCAGCGGAGCUGAUUUACCGCACUACAAACUGCAUAGACACUUUGAGCCAUCAGCCGCAGCCCCAUUGGAUGAGUUUUAAAUUACCAAGCCUCGUAGCUUGCAAUGGCGUAUACCGCAUUUACACUAUCUUGUAAGAGACAGUGUGUUUAAUGUUUUAUCUCACUGAUUUUUAUGUAAUAAAACUAAUUUGCACUUUAAAGAUCAAAUAUUGGACUGUACCAAUUCAUUAUUUAUACAUCAUGCUGGCACUUUAUUAAGCCUACUUGCACAAAGCAAAUAUUGAGCUAUACCAUACAUAUUAUACACUUUAUAUAUACCUAAACUGUCUGCAACAAUAUUUGUGUUUUUCCUAAUACAGUACAUGCAAUGAGAUGUUUGAUCUGGUGCCAUCUGCUGGUCAAUAAGUAUACCACACCACCUUUAAACUCAAAGACGUUGUUCUAGCUCUUUUUGGGUUUUCACCUAAACACUACUUCACGCAGGAAGGGAAGAUGGAAGUUGUACCCUAUCAUUGUCCUCCUCCAGAUCCACCGGCAAGUGCAUCCAACAAACCUGUUGAUCUUCCUGGCGGCUCAGAGAUUGACCCCACACAUACAGAGCCAGAGUUCCAGGCCAUUGCGAACCUGUCGCAAACCUAAUCAAUGAAUCCCUGCUGUCUGGAUACAUAUCCAAACUUUAGAAGACUGCAAGUAUAGUUUCUAUCCAUAAAAUUGGUGACAUUACUUUGGUUUCUAACUAUCGUCCAAUAUCAUUGCUCCCUGUUUUUUCAAAAAUCCUGAAAAAAUGUGUUCACAUGCAACUAUGUGAGUACUACAAACAAACUAUCUAAUCCAUGAUUGAUCAGGCUUUUGUCCAAACUACUCAACUACAAUGCCCUCUCAAAAGUUUGUAAUGACAUCAAACCUGGCAUGGAACAAGGCGACUGUAAUGAUACUAAAGUUACACAUGGUUUGGAGUCCAGCAACCAGAUCAGCAAGGUUUUCUGCCAGAAGUAGCCACUCGUUACCCAGGUUGUUGAGCCCCUGAGUCUUGAGUGGUCUUGAGCAGACAUGAGAGACUGGGACAGAAAGCUGGUGACUUAGUAAGGCAAGCUGAGGUCAGUGGGAAGGAGAUGCAGUACAUUCAGAUGGUCCAAAUUCAGCGAGUAGAACAAAUAGGAACAAACUUGAUUAGAGAGACACAGAAACCACAAUAAUCUGGCAAAGAUACAGAGACAGGAAGUGGCUUUUAUAGGCCAAGAGCUAAAUACCUCACCAGACAUAGCUGAAGAAAGUUGGCACAAAUAUCAUGUCUUGUAGCAUCAAGGUUAUCACAGCUCAGGUAAAGCUGCAUAGGGUAGGCUGGUGAACUGGUAAGGUAGAGAACCAGCAACACAGAAAUCAAGGUUUGAACAGAGUUAGCUCUACACAGAGACCUAAUUGGAGCUAUUUUCAUUUUGCCAAGGCUUUUGACACAUUAGACCACAGCAUUCUAUUGCAAAAACUUAAAAACUGGUGAUAGUCCGCUAACCUGGUUUCAAUCAUAUGUAUUGGAUCGAUCACAAUAUGUGUUCAUUUCUGACAGUGCCUCCCUCUCCCAGUCUCUUGUUGUGUUCCCCAAAGUUCCAUACAAGCCUACUACUAUUCACAUUACUCAUAAAUUUUCUGCCUAACAUCUAAAAAGCCUCAUGCUAGCAAACCAUAUCUACCCCAGCUUGAGGCUGUGCUCCUGUUCACAGAGGUAGAAAAGCCAGGAAGAGGUAUGGAACAGUACCUACAUUACAUGAAUUACAAAUUACAUAUGCAUCAGAAUACAAUUGAAGAGCACACAGAUCGCAGUCCAUUCUUUCAAAUAUCUAGGUAUGUCACUAGACUGCAAUCUUUCCUAUACAGAAACAAAUCUGGUAGAAUUGUUCAACAAAUGCUAAUCCCAGUCAGUGAUUAUGGGGACAUAGUGUAUGCACCUGCACCGCAAACCCACUUUCAUAAACUUACUACACUGUAUAAGUCAUUCUGCUGCUUUGUGCUACAAUGUAAUUAUGUGAUCUACCAUUGUGACAUGCUAAAAGAGCUAACCUGGCUAAAUCGUUGUGAUCCAGACAUACCCUUAAAGGACCAUUAUAGGCACCCAGACCACUUCAGCUCAAUGAAGUGGUCUGAGUGCCUGGUCCCCCUAGUUUUAACCCUGCAGCUGAAAACAUAGCUGUUUCUGUUAUGUUUACAUUGCAGGGUUAAUCCAGCCUCUAGUGGCUGUCAGUGAGAAUAUCGCAAUGAACUCACGCAGCGUGAGUUCAGAUCCCCAUAGGAAAGCAUUGAGUAAUGCUUUCCUAUGGGCAGUUUGAAUGCGCGCGCGGUUCUGGCCACGCAUGCGCAUUCGGCUCCACUCAGGAGCUGACGUCGGCAGAGGAAGGUGAGGUCACCAGCACCGAGGGAGCCCGGCGCUGGAUUAAGGUAAGUGGAUGAAGGGGUUUUAACCUUCAGCCUAGCGGGAGUGUGAGUGUGGCCACGAGGGAGGGGGGGACCGAAUAACCCUAAAGUUAAUCUUUCCAGCCUUACAUUUAAGAGCUUUUCUGGGAGGUUGCCACCCUACCGUAACAGAAUACUCUGCCCAGAUGUUCCCACCUACUAUAACAUCUGAUCCAGUACCAGCACUUUAUUUAGUCUACCACAAUACAAAACGAAAGUGUCUCGAUCCUCAUUUUUCUACAGAGGAUCGCAAUUAGGGACUAACCUCCCAGGCACAAUCAAAUCUUCCUCCAGUCUAAAAUCCUUUAAGAGAUUCCUCUCAACAUACCGUAUUUAUCGGCGUAUAACACACACUUUUUCUCCCUGAAAAUAGGGGAGAAAUUGUGGGUGCGUGUUAUACGCCGGCCCUUUAAAUUCUGCAGCCGCCUGAGCGCUCUGUCAAGAGCGCUCAGGCGGCUGCAGAUGGUACUCACCUCCCCUGUAGCGUGGCCGAGCCGCUCUGCCGUCCGCGGUGGCCGGCCGGACUGAUAGGAAGGUGCACGCUCAGUGUGCACCUUCCUGUCAGUCCGACCGGGUACAGGAAACAGAAACUCCUGUUCCAACAGGAGUUUCUGUUUCCUGUACCAUCGAUUGACAGGAAGGUGCACACUGAGCGCACCUCCUAUCACUCCGGCCGCCACCGGGACAGCAGAGCUGCGGCCACGCUACAGGGGAGGGGGGGGCGAAAGAGGAGGGGCCAAAGAGGGAGGGGGCUAAAAAGAGGAGGGGAGGCCAAAAGAGGGCAGGGGGCAACAAGAGGAGGGGGCCAACAAGAGGAGGGGGGCAACAAGAGGGAGGGGGGCAACAAGAGGGAGGGGGGCUAACAAGAGGGGAAGGGGCAACAAGAGGGAGGGGAAGUAAGAAGAGGGGAGGGGGAGUAAGAAAGUAAGAAGAGGGGGAGGGGGGUAAGAAGAGGGGUAAGAAGGGGGUAAGAGGGGGAGUAAGAAAGGGGGGUAAGAAGUUCUUUAUUUAAAAUUUAAAGGACCACUCUAGGCACCCAGACCACUUCAGCUUAAUGAAGUGGUCUGGGUGCCAGGUCCCUCUAGGAUUAACCCUUUUUUUUUUUUUAUAAACAUAGCAGUUUCAGAGAAACUGUUAUGUUUAUACUGAGGGUUAAUCCAGCCUCCAGAGCCUCUAGUGGCUGUCUCAUUGACAGCCGCUAGAGGCGCUUGCGUGCUUCUCACUGUGAAAAUCACAGUGAGAGCACGCAAGCGUCCAUAGGAAAGCAUUGUAAAUGCUUUCCUAUGCGACCGGCUGAAUGCGCGCGCGGCUCCUGCCGUGCAUGCGCAUUCAGCCGAUGACGUCGCGAGCAAGGAGGAGAGGAGGAGUACAGCUCCCCGCCCGGCGCUGGAGAAAGGUAAGUGUUUAACCCCUUCCUCUCUCCAGAGCCCGGCGGGAGGGGGUCCCUGAGGGUGUAUAACACGCACCUCAUUUUAAGAAGGAAAUUUCAGGGGGGAAAAAACUUAAAGGACCACUAUAGUGCCAGGAAAACAUACUCAUUUUCCUGGCACUAUAGUGGUCCUUUAAGUUUUUUUUCCCUGAAAUUUCCUUCUGAAAAUGAGGUGCGUGUUAUACGCCGGUGCGUGUUAUACGCCGAUAAAUACGGUAUCUCAAUACAGAAUGCACCUGUAUACAUGGCUGAUUAUAUUUCUUACCUGUAUCUGUUAAAUUUGUAUAUGUGUACUCGAAAACAAGAGAAAUCUCAAUGUAUCCCUCCUGGUGAAAUAUUUUAUAAAUAAAUAAGAUGGGGGCCCAUCUGGCCCCUGUCUUAGCCCAAGACCUAGGCAGCUGCCUUAUGGGUAAUACAUUUCAUUGAAAUUUGACCAGUGUGUUAGAUCUGUUAUAACUAGGAGAAAGUUGAAAUGUGUGGGUGUGUAUGUAAAGUAAAAUAAAUAGGUUGUAAUUGACACACAACUAAAUUCCAAAUUCCAACAUUAAGAAGACUGACCUCGGCACACCGCAGUAUGUUAUAAUUGUGGUUUUAUUCACCAUCAAACAGGAUGUCACAUUGUGUUUGACGGGUGAAUAAAAUCCCAAUUAAAUCAGAUUGCUUUCUGCUGAUGUCUCUGUCUUCUAUUUAUACUGUUAAACAGGUCAAAAUUAUUUUUAUAUAUUUACAUUGAUAAUAUGAAGGUCAUUGUGGUGUGUAUAGAACAUUUGUUUUUAUAUAAGUAUAAUUUGUUCCUGGAUUCUUGGUUUAAUUAGUAUGUACUCUGUAUCUUGCAAUGACAACACGACUGUGUUCACACUUAAUUAUGUAAAGGGAGAAUUGUUAUGUCUCUGGAAAUUACACCAUUAAAUAAAACAUUGCAAAUCACCUAUAACCUAUGUUAACAGAGUUUUCAUGUAAUGAUUUUUAUGUUCCUUUAAAUUUAUUUUUUUCCAUUUGACAUCCCAAUCCAGUUCAAUCUAGACAUAGAUCAGGCACACCUUGCAAAUGAGGAAGAGAAAUAGAAACAUUGUUUAAUUUCUCUUUUCUGUGUGCUUCCUCUGUGCUGACUGCCUGAUGGCCCGGACUGCGCGGCGUUGGCCAUGGGCCAUGGUCGACAGGGGAGAUCAGUGUACCUUCCCUGCCGGCUCACCGGACCACCAGGGAUUUUCUACCUGACCACCAGGGCUGGCAACAAAAAGAUAAGGGAGGUACAUAAAUAUUAUAAUAAAAAAAUAAUAAUUAAAAAAUAAUACACAUAUAUAUGUUUUUUAUUUUUACCUCACAGCAGCCCAAACAUCACACUACACCCCCCCCACACACACACUACACCUCAAACACACGACAACCCAAACACCACACUGCACCCCUCACACACACACACAGCACCUCAAACACAACAGAGCACCAAAGACACCGGAGACAUGUCACAAGCAAACACAGCGCAAGCAUUUUAAUAAAUUUGCUUGCGCUGCAUAGAACAAAUACAGGUCCUUUUGUUCAUUCAAGAGCUCUUCAGCUUGGCUCUGCACAUUGAAAACAACCCCCGUGUCUGGCCCACCCCUUUCUCAGUAGGCUGCUGGGUUUCAAAAAUGCCCGGGCUAAAUUUUUUUCCCAGUCCGGCCCUGGACAGAGGUUAUAACAAUGAUUGACAGGGAGCCAAGAUGGAGGCACCCAUUGCAAGGCCAUAGAACAGCGAAUUGUUACAUUUAUUUAUUUUUUCACAUUUCUUUAUUGUAUAUUUGUAAAAUACAAGAGGUAAGUAAACAUAUUAAAAAUCCUGGGGAGUUAUAUUUUCUCUUUAAUUAUCUUGUAUACAGAGUGAAUCAUGGCUUCUGUGAUGACUGGGCCCCCACAAUCCUGCUGUGUAUUGUGCGUAUGUUAAGCUUGUACUCUAUUCACAAUGGCUAUAGUGUGAUAGAUACUUAACCACAUUUUCUGUGACAUCCGAAGUGCUAAGAGCCACUACAGAGGAGAUCAGAGUUUGUCAGAAGGGCGUGCUCAAAGAAAAGGAAAAAUUAACUUGUUUAUUUAUCACUCUGUCCUCUUUUCAUCUUCUGAACAAAUGGAGCUUUGUCUACAGUUUCUCUGCAAAUUUAUUGUCCUCACUUCGUUUAACAGAAUACUACGAACUGGUAAGAAAGAACUGAUAAUGUUACAGUCAUAACUUUUUAAAUUAAUCAAAAUAUCUGAAUAAUUUAAUGAAAAAAAUUAGUUUAAAAUAUAAAUAAAAUAGUUUAAAAUUUAAAUAAAAUAGUCAUCAAGUCUGAAAGUACCCACUUAGAACAUUAUCCUCAGGAGGAUACUUUAUAAACGUGAAGUGACCAGAAAUAGUGUAACAUUCGGAAAGUGUAGAAAUCAUUCAGAACUUUCCACAGGAUUCUAUAAUGAUCUAUGUUACAUGUUUCGUACUUGGUAUCACUUUUAUAAUCCACUCGUAAUAUAAAUUUCCCUCUCUCUCUUCAGUAGAAUAAUAAACAAGCUGAAAUCUUAAAUGCAUUACGUGAUAGUUAAAACUAGUCUGCAUACAGAGAGACAAAAUUUAAAAAAAUAAUAUAAAGUAUGCCUCUUACCUACUUUAAAUGGAAAUGAAAGACCACCAAAAGCCCUAGUUUGACUAUAUCAAUGUCAGUCUUGAAAAGGAAUGCACUCCAUAAAAUAGUAUGACAAUGCUUCAAGUACAUGUAGAAUAAUCAGGUUUUUUGGCGUUUCUCCUAUAUUUAUUUCACACUUAGGCAUGGUUGGUCUUUAGUGACAUGGACACAUGAUAAUACAUAUUGCAAGCUCUUUUCUAUUUCUUUGGGUCCAUUGAGCAUGGCGACAAUCUAAUAAGGUUAUUAGAAAUGCCAACAGGAAUAUUGUAUUAAUAGCAUUGACAUUGUAAUGAUAACGUAUUCCUGAACUCAUUUGUGUGGUGUAGACAUAGAAUGUAUUGUGAGACAGAACAUCGAGGGGAGGGCGUCUCCACCUAACACUCUGAAUGUCCAGUAAAUACCAUCAGCUAUUGACCAUUUAACACCAAUGAUGCUGUAAGAAUUGACUUUGUAUUUCUGAAGAAAGAAGAAUAAAUCUGUUGUUUUAUAAGAAAAGCCAGGAAGGUCUGAUUUUGUUAUAUUUUUUGUGUGUCAAAAAACAGCUUUUGUAGAUGAUACCAGGCGAGUCAAGCUUACCAGAAGAAAGAAGAAUCAUAUACAUAUAUAUUAACAAUCAAGUAGUAUCAUAAGUAGUAUUUUUUAUAAUAUUUUGUAAUAUAUUUUGUACAGUAGCCUCACACACUCUCCCCACCCGUUCCUUCUCUGAUAUGCUCAUGGUUUCUUGGGGUCUCAGAUUGAGGACAUUCUAUGGUUUGUAGUGAUCACUGAUGGUCCAUCUACCAGAAUUUAAUUGCCAGAGUGAUCACUGUAAGAAUUCUUAUUAGGUCUCAGUUUUGAUCAUGUUAGUUGAGGUAGAUGAACUCUCUAUGAGGAGGUUGGGUAUUAUCGAGUUAAAAUAUUUGAGUUAAAAAAAUAUAACAUAUUUUGAAAAUAACAUAACAGAAGAAAACCAUAUAUUGGAAUCUUAAAUUGCUUUUCUAGGGAUUAGGUCAGGGCAUUGAAACAUUUGGCUUUUUGGUUUACGUUUAGACGUUAAUAAUUAGAAUAAUAACUAAUUAGAAUCUUUCUUGUGCGCAGUUUAACUUGAAAAGGUUUUUAGCUCUGGAGCUUGGAACAAUUAUUAUCCAUCAUUUUCAAGAAAGCCAUAGCGACACUGGCUGAGUUAUUCCCUAAAGUGAGAAAUUCAAAGUGUCAAUUCACUCUUAAGUUAAUAACCCUGUAAGGAUACUUUGUAAUGAGUUGUGAUCCUGUCCUGUUUAUAGGAGAUUACAUGUUGAGGAUUAUUCAUUAAACUCUGAAAUGAACCAAAUUAAAACGUGAAUGGCAAAAUAUAUACAUCUUACUCGUCUUGACGUCCUGUAUACUAUUAAAAAACAUUUCCACUCACGCUCACUCACUCACUCACUCACUCACUUUUUUUGGUUUUAAAUAACAUGUAGACUAUCCGCACUUCGCGUGCGGACACCGCCACGGAAUUUUGUUGUAUAGCAAUCACAGUUUUCAAUCUAACACCAAAAAAAUUACGUGAAGACCAAAUGCUGUACGAGGUGGGUCUUACAAAUUGCACUCUAAGCAUAUGCUGCCCUACAUAAGAAACCAGGCUACAAUAUAUGGCUAAACAUAACUUUGAGCUGGACCACAGGGAGGGGGAGAACAAUAUAUUGGCUAUUUUCAUGUAUGUAGAGAGGUCUGACUCAGAUGAGAAUCGGCUCGUGCUCUAUAAAUGCUAAUGAUAAUCAUACUGGUCAGGCCACAAACGGCUGCCUAUAAUACAUUUACUGUAGUGAUGUGGUCUACUAUAGAUGUGCACCCAAUGGUGAGCGUAUGUCUGAGUGAUAUUGCAGUAACUGUUUGCAGGGACAAUCUGCACAUCCAGAAACUGAAAUUUCAGAAGCCGAAUGCCACGCUGGGGAAGAUUGGUGCUGGAGGCAACUUUGGGGUUAAACUGUUCAAAAACGGUUUAACCCCUUGAGGUAAGAGUGUGCCCAGGCCUCUUGGCAUCAUAACAACUUAAUUUAGAUUAAGUUGUUUUGGUGCCUUCAGUGCCACUUUAAGAUAAAUGGUGACAUUUUGCAAAAAUGAAAAUAUCAGUCAGGUUAAUCAAAAAGUAGUUUCUAAUCUUGAAAACGAAUGCCCUCUUAAAGCAUCAAAUUAAGUUAUAGUUCUUUAAAGAGACACUGUAGGCACUGUAUCUGCUUCAUCUCAUUAAACUGGUUAUAGUGUCUGGAGUCCUCUGGUACCAUCAUUUCUUUCAGCAUUAAACAGUUUUUAAACUUUUAAUGUUUUAAUGCUAAACAAGAGUCCCCGGCAAUCCAUCCCCUCUGUGCUGCUUUGGCUAAUAAUGAAGUAUUAGCCUGAGCAGCAAUAGGCAGCUGUGAUUGGCUGACAGUGUCAGCUGACUGCUUUUAGCCUGUCAGAGUUCUAACUGACGGUAUGAAUAGGUAUGACAACAAGGAAGUGUGUAAUCUCUGCCUUAGCUACACAUACUGAAGGGGCCGGACUGUGGGUGGGCAGGGACUCUUAUUUUGUGGCAUACUGCACGAACAUGGUGCAACACUGAAUGGAGGGACAGUGCCAGGGCACUCCAGGCACUAUCACCAAUUCAAAGAGAUGAAAUGCUUAUAGUGACUACAGUGUCCCUUUAACUACAAUUUACAGCACAUAUGCAUCAGGUACCCAACUGUCCACUAUGAGGAGCAUUGGAUUGGAAGGUUGUGGAGGAGACCAGGUCUCCUUAAAGGUUAGAGAUAACCACAAAUGAGAAGGACUUGGGAAUUGUUAUAGACAUCAAACUAUGCAACAAUGUGCAAUGUAAAUCAGCAGUGGCCAAGGCCAGUAAGGUAUUGUCAUGCAUGAAAAGGGUAUUAAUUCUCAGGAUGAGAAUAUCAUUUUGUCUCAUUAUAAAUCACUGGUAAGACCACAUAUGGAAUAUGCUGUGCAAUUUUGGGCACCUGUUCUAAAGAAGGAUAUUAUGGCACUAGAAACAGAGCAGAGGCAGGGCUCCAAAAUUAAUAAAAGAAAUGGAACAUUUUAGCUAUGAAGAAAAGGUUAACAAAUGUAAACUCUUUAGUUUAGAAAAAUGUUGCCUCGUAGGGCAUAUGAUAACAUUAUACAAAUAUAUUCGGGGCCAAUACAAACCAUUGUGGGGAAAUCUAUUCACAAACCGGACUUUACAUAGGACACGAGGCCAUGCGUUUAGACUGGAAGAAAGAAGAUUUUGUCUAAGGCAAAGUAAAGGAUUUUUUUACUGUAAGAUCAAUUAGGAUGUGGAAUUCUCUGCCUGAAGAAGUGGUUUUAUCAGAGUCCAUACAGAUGUUCAAACAGCGACUAGAUGCAUACUUGCAAAAACAGAAUAUUCAAGGUUACAAUUUUUCAAUGUAGGGUAAAUGCUUCUUUUUCCAAUGAUUAAUUUGACUGCUAUUCUGGGGUCAAGAGGGACUUUUUUUCCUAGUUUGCUGCAAAAUUGGAAGUGCUUCAAACUGGGUGUUUGUUUACCUUCUUUUGGAUCAACAGCAAAAGACAAAUGUGAGGAAGGCUGAACUUAACUUAACCCAGACCACUUCAGCUCAAUGAAGUGGUCUGGGUGCCAGGUCCUUCUAGUGUUAACUCUGCAGCUGUAAACAUAGCAGGUUUAGAGAAACUGCUAUGUCCACAAAUGGGUUAAUCCAGCCUCUAGUGGCUGUUUCACUGACAGCCUCUGGCGGCGCUUCCGCGCUUCUCACUGUAAAAAUCACAGUGAGAAAACGCUGACGUCCAUAGGAAAGCAUUGAGUGAUUCUGAUCUGACAUCGGCAGGAGGAGGAAAGUAAGUGGUUGAAGGGGUUUUAACCCCUUCAGCCCAGCAAGAGUGGGACCCUGAGGGUUGGGGGGAACUAAAGACCCUGUAGUGCCAGGAAAAUGAGUUUGUUUUCCUGGCACUAUAGUGGUCCUUUAAUGGACACAUGUCUCAGCCUAUAUAACUAUGCAACCUCAACACAAUUUUAAUAAAAUGAAACAUUUAGAAAGGAAAUUGAUUGUUAAAUUAAGGAUAUGUAAAAAUAAAUAAAUAGAAAAACUCUCUACCUUUGUAUAUGACAGCCAUAUGCAUACACCUUGGGUCAGACAGUGUUUGAAAACAGUUAGUCUCUAUGGUCUUCCCUGCAUUACUUCCUUCACAGAGACAUCAUCAGACUGACCGACAAUCACAUUCAAACAAUGUCUGACCCAAGCUGCAUGUAUAUGGCUGAAUGAUCCUCUCCUACACUAAAGGUAGAGAUGAGUUUAUCAUUUUUUCAACAUGUAAUAAAUUUAACAAAGAAUCAAUUUCUGUUCAAAACGUGAUAAAAGGAUCAUUAUAUAAAAUAUAGUGCUGAUUGACAGUUCUCCUUUAAUGACAUUGCAGAAGGUAGAGAGGUGGGCAGUGCCGAGGGAGUAUUGAUGCUUUAAAAAGGUAAGUAAAACAUUUUUUACAUUUACAUUUUAUGGUGACGGGGAUGGGGGUCCUGUAUAGAACUACAGACAGGGGCGCUAUAGCAUUAUGAAUAAAAGUUUGUAUGCUUUAAUUGGAUGUUGUGUUUUCUACAACAGCUGUUGCAGAGGAUCUCCUGGUGGUGGAGCAGCCUGCAGUCAUUGAAAGCAUAACUGGAACAUCUGUGACCAUCAACUGCACUUUUAGGACACAAGGUUUGUCUUUCUCCGUGAGAUGGUAUUUGGGCUGUGAUAAAAGCACACCAUUGGAGACUUUACCUUCUUAUCGACAUAGAGUGACCUUCCAGAACCUCAACCGACAGCUGACCCUAUCCAACCUGACAGAGAGUGACUCUGGAACAUACUACUGUCAUGUGGAAUUGGCCAAUGGGAAAAUGGGAACUGGAAAUGGAACUAGACUGGAAGUGUCACCAAGACAAUGUAACUCAGGUAUUACCGAGCACAUUAAACAACAUGUGAUACCAUUGUGUGUUAAGUGGUAUUAUUUAACUCCUGAAAAACCAGGGCUCACUCAUCAAAUCACUUUAGUGGCAACAAAGAAAUUAAUUUUACACAACUGUAAUUUAACAGGUGCUCUCAGACUUUCACGCUUUUAGAGUGGGUUGGUUAGUCACUCUCACAUAAAGACAGUGAAUAUUAACACAUUGUAUGACGAUCUGAUGCAGUGGCGGAUCCAGAGCCAGAUCUCGGGAGGGGCACUUGUAGAUUAUUUAAAUAAAUAAUCCAGGCACAAUAACCACUAGAGCUCAGUGUAGUAGUUAUGGUGCCAGUAGUGCCAUGAUCCCAUUUCAGAGUAAGUAGUCAAACCGUUUAAGAACAGUUUGACAACUUACCUGGGGUCUGCUGGGAUAUAGGGCAUAGGAGCAGUGGUAUGUGUGAGGGGUGAAGUGUGUGUGAAGGGUGCAGUGUGUGUGUAUGUGUGCGGUGAAGUGUGUGUGUAAGUGCGUAAGUGCGGCAGUGUAUGUCAGGAUUGCAGUGUGUGUGUGGGGCAGUGUGUGUGAGAGUUGCAGUGUAUGUGUGUUUGGGGCAGUGUGUAUGGGGGUCACUGUAUAUGUGUGUGGGGCAGUGUGUGUAUGGGGGGCACUGUAUGUGUGUUUGGGGCAGUGUGUGUAUGGGGGGCACUGUGUGUGUGUGUGUGUGUGUGUGGGGCAAUAUGUGUAUCGGGGCAGUGUAUGUGUGUAUGUGUAGGGCACUGUAUGUAUGUGUGGGACAGUGUGUGGAUGGGGGGGUCAUGUGUAUGGGGGGGGCGUGUGUGUGUGGGGCAAUGUGUGUAUGGGUGUGCAGUGUAUGUGUGUAGGGGGGCAAUGUGUCUAUGGGUGUACAGUGUGUGUGUAUGGGUGGUAGUGUUUGUGGGGCAGUGUAUGCGCUGGGUGUGCAGUGUGUGUGUAUGGGGCAGUGUUUGUGGGGGCAGUGAUGAAUGGGGGCGUGUGUAUGGGGGCAGUGUAUGUAUGGGAGCAGUGUGUGUGUAUGGUGUGCAGUAUGUCUCUGUGUGUGUGUGUAGAGGCAGUGUGUUGGAGUGCGCAGUGUGUGUGUAUGUGUGAGGCAGUGUGUGUGUGCAUGGGGCAGUGUGUGGGCAAUGUGUGUGUAUGGGGGCAGUGUGUGUGGGGGGCAGUGUUCGUGGGGCAGUGUGUGUGUGUGGGGGCAGGUGUGUGUGUGUGAGAGGCAGUGUGUGUGUGUAUGGGGGCAGUGUGUGUGGGGCAGUGUUCGUGGGGCAGUGUGUGUGUGUGGGGGGCAGUGUGUGUGUGUAUGGGGGCAGUGUGUGUGUGUGUGGGGCAGUGUGUGUGUGUGUAUGGGGGAGCAGUGUGUGUGCAUGAGGGAAGGACGGUGAGGGGGCUUUUUAAUAAUGUUUUUUUUAUUUAUUUAAUUAAUUAAAUAAGCAGAUUUAUGUUCCCCCUCCCUUCUUACCUUUAUUGAGGAGGAGGGGGGGCAUUUCUGGAUCCCUGGUGGUCCCAGUGGUAGGAUUGAACUCUAGCCCCCACCUCUUGGGCCAGAGUUCACUCUUGCGAGAUUUGGAGUGUUGCCAUGGUAACCGCAGCAACGCUCCGUGCUCGCGAGAGUAGGACCCGGAGGAGCAGCAGGCUGAACUCCCGGGGUCCUCUCUCCCUCCCUCCCCUUCUAGCUGUCAGCAUCGUGCCUGCGGCCCGGGGAGAGAGAUCUCUGAUCUCCCCUCAGGUCCGUGAAGGCACAUUGCAGGGCUGGCACUUGGACAAUGCCAGCCCUUCAUUAGCCAGCAGGGGAGAAUCUCGGGGGAAGCAGUUGCCCCGCUACCCCCCCCUCAUCCCCACCGGAUCCCCCAAUGAGCUGAUGUGAAAGUACAGAGGGCAAUAGAGUAUGCUGAUUCAGCGGUGGAACUACAACAGAGAGGGCCCUGGUGCAAGGAAUUUUUAGGGGCCCACUGUAGAGCAAGAUUGGCCAAAAGGUGGACCCUCAACCUUUGUACCACUCCCAUGAUGGUUUGCUAGCUUGGUAUUUACCAUUUGCCCAUCCUUGCAAGUGUGUAUUUGUAAGCAGUGUUUGAUUGUUUGAACAUAAGCAUGUUUUAGUAUGGGGUAGAUGUGUGUGAAUGUAUGUGUGUAUUUGGGUGUCAUGUUGGCCUUUGAAUUCAGCUUGUACUUGUGUACAAUUUUGGCAUUUGUAUGAAUGGCUGUAUUUGUUUGUUGUUUUGAUGUCUGAAUGUAGUGGUGUGUUUGUGCGUAGUGUUGGUGUUUGAAUGCUCAGAUGAAUGCACAUAUACACAGACCCUGCCACACACACACACACUGCUACAGAUACACACACAUACACUACAGCGCAAACACAGAUACACUCAUACACAAACAUAUAUAACCAUAAAGAUACGCACAGGCACACAGACACACAUGCAAGCAAAAGUUAAAAUUUCAAUAUCUUUAGCCACCCUCCUGUUUCCAUCAGUUUUUGGAACAGGAAAGUUGCUUUCCUGAGGUUGAUGGGACUGCUGGUUGAGGCUGAUGCUGCCUGGGGUCAAUGGGACUGCUGGCUGAGGCUAGAACUGGCUCUAAUUCCUUUCCCCUUGCCUUCCUGCCUAUCCCAUGAGGAUCUUGCUGUAAGCUUGGAGGAAGUAACCUGGAUGCGCUUCCUCCCAUCACUGUGGAUCUGCCAAGAGCCUGGUUGCACCUUUAAAGGGUUGCUGCACCUGACCAGGCCCCUGAUAAAAAAGUGCCCAUCAGUUGACCCAAGGUGUAAGGGUCAAACAAUGGGCCUUUGACACAUGGGCCUGAUUAGGGGUCUACUCUACUAAUGGGAAAUUUAUUUUCUGACAAAUUCUGUUCCCUAUCAAAAUCUGUUUCCUUUUACAUAAUGGCAGUCACUGGAACUCCUCCUGCAGGAUCAAUGUGGCUGGAGAGGUGGCUUGGUGAGGUCCUACAAGGUUGGUAGACUUACUGUUACACUGAGCUUUACAGUUAGGGGCUCCACUGCUGCACUGGGACACAGGGCAUUCAGGGUUAAAGUUAGGAAGUCAUAAAGCCUCACUCAAUUCUUAUUCUAACCCAAAAAGUAAGACUAAAAUUAAUCCUACACAUUAUUGUAAACUUAACCUUUUUAAAUAGGUGUCCCUAAUCUCCAAAUGAAAAAAAUGACUUCCUAAAUCUAACUCUAAUUUAAACACUCUAUGCACAGAAUUGCGAACAGACCAGCCAUAGAAGAGACCCUGCACCUGACAGCUUCAGGUAAGAGGGCAAAACGGUUUGCCCCAUUACCCAGAGUCAGGGCCACAGUACUCCUUACAUUAUAAUGACUAGAUUAUGCUGGAGUGGUUAUGAUGGUUGGAAAAAAUCUUUACAUUUAAAAUUUAUAAUGAAUUUACUUUGAAUCCUGACAACUCUCACAUUAGUAAAUAACUGUGAAAUUAAUAGCACAUAUGAUAAACACAAAAUGCAAAUAAAAAAGAUGAUACAACCUUUAACCAUGUCUGUGCCACCAAUUAGGAUAUUCACAUCAUCUCCUCAAUUUCAGGGAAUGAAAAAGAACCAGAUGCCGUCAUACUAUACGGCGUUAUAGGAUUGGAAACUUGUGUCAUUAUUAUCCUGCUGGCAGCGCUAACUAAAAUCCUUUCCCGGGGUAAGUCUAUGACAUCUAAACUUUCUAAAUAUUCCUGUGUCUGGGUCCUAGAGAAUUAG